ACGGAGACCAAAUUAGGGAAAUUGCUGACGGAGACUGUGCUUGGUCUGUUUCAUGAAACAAGAUGGCGUGCUCCUCUACUACAGUAAAGUUUAUGAAAAGUGUUUCACUUAUUCUGGAUAUAGGCACCUUAGCUCUUUCUUACCGAUUAAAAGUCGAAAUUCAAAAAUCAGGCUUAAAUAGUUUCCGUCAGUUUUUGAAUACUCACAAACACAAGUUGUUCCACCUCCAUGAAAAGAGGAAUUGUUGUCGAUGUACAGGAGGACAAACACAAAGAACCUACUUAAGAAAGAAUCAAUGGAGUAUGCUUUUUAAUGCAAACUUAAAACCUUGCGAUAAGAAUAAACCGUGCUUGUGUCAGUAUGAUCCGCAGCCAAAUGUAUCUGAGGACGAUUUAGAUCUUACUUUACUAUGUAGCAUUCUGCAAAAUAUAUGCUCGCUAAGCCCAGCGGAGUAUCAAGAUAUUACAAAUCUGAGGGACAGGAGAAAUAUCAUUGCUCAUUCCAAAAAUGCUCACAUGGACGAUGCAACGUAUGUAAAGGAAAUAACGGCAAUCAAAGACGCCAUCGAAUCCAUUGCAAAUCGAUGUGGAAAAAAUGAACACGAGAAAGUUAAAAGAGAAAUAGAAAAUGUCAUGAAAAGCCAGUUGAAUGACAACAUGGGUCGAUUUGUUUUGUCUUCACUUCAUAAUGUAGAGGAAACAACAGAAGAAAUUCGGAAAGACUUACUGCGCUUCAGAAAUCAUUUCGGGAUUCAUAAUGCUAAAGAGACGGAUCUUAACAAACAUGAAAGCCAGUCAAUGGACAGAAACCAAAAGGGACCGUUUGAAGCUGAAUCAUGGGAGGUGGUUUUAUUUUAUGUCGUAGGCAUAUUUGCUAUAUGCUGUCUUAUUGCAACAAUUUUGUAUUGUUAUCUGUAUAUUAUGCCAAAAAGAUGAUUUAAAUGAUUCAAGCAUUUUUAGCCGGAGAGCAGGUAUUUCGGAAGUGAAUGAAUAUGAUUAUUGUUAUUUUGGAAAUUAAGAAUCAAACUUCUCACUGAAUCAGCUCAUAGAAUCAGAAUUAAGUUUUAAGAAGUUGGUCUAAAUGAUGAAAACGCAUUAAAUUGUAUUUGCAUAAUAUUCUGCAAGAUAUUCAUUUUUUUUUAUUUUAUAUAAUUUUAAUAUGAUGA